AUGUCCCGGUUGAACGGCCAAGCUCACAGUGAUCCUUUGGUUAUUACCCUGCUAAUUGAGGAAUGGGGGGUAAGAAGGAUACUAGUAGAUAGUGGGAGCUCCGUCGAAGUACUCUUCUACGAUACGUUCAAAAGGAUGAAGUUGUCGGAUGAUAUACUCGUCCCGUCAACAUAUGGUAUAUACGAUUUUAAUGGGACGGUAACCAUGCCGAAGGGCGAAGUAACUCUAAGGGUAUCGGAUGGAGGUGCCUACCUGGAUACUUUAACCACAUUCUGUGUGGUUGAUGUAGCCUCGCCCUAUGAAGCUAUUAUCGGAAGACCAUGGAUCGCGGGAAUCAAAGGAGUGGCAUCGGCCUAUCAUCAAAGAUUACGGUUCCCAACGUACAAGGGGAUAGCAGAAGUCGUAGGAGAUCCAAAGGCAGCCCGAAAAUGCAUGCAGGCCGACGCCCAGAUAAAUGGGGAGCGGCGAGCACGACAAAGGGGAGAGAAGAAAAAGGCUAAAGAAGCCAAAGUCGCAGAAGAACUGGAAAAGGUUAUUUCGCAAGCGGUCAUGGCUUACGAAGCACAAGGAAGAGAGCCUUCAUAG